UACGAAGAACAGAGCAACUUCACGACACUCAGCCACUUCUUAUAUCAGUUACAUGUAUUUUAUUUAUACAGAUUAAACAUUAUUGUAAUUAAAAGUUGUACAAUUCAUUUUAAUAACACCUUGGAUCUGGAUCUGAUAUUGGCACGCAACAAUUUUGGCGCAGUCGGUAGGAUACACUUUUCAAGGAGGCAACCGUCAAAGGCUAUCAUCAACAAGGAAGACUUGAUCACUUUUCUUUGCUGAUAACUCCAGAAGAGAAAACCAACAACAACGUUGCAGUAUCAGACAAGAUGACAACAUCACAGAACAUGGCAUUAUUAUUGGUGUUGAUGGUUGGAAUAAGCAAGGCUAAUGAAAUAAACUCAUCAGACUAUUAUACAUAUACACCAUAUGAACAAGACAAGGGUUUGCAUUAUGAGAAUUUAGGUCCAAUUAGGAUAAUAGGAGCAGAAUAUAAGCUCAUUACUUACUUUUCACUAAAAGAAUAUAACGCGAAAUACGAGAUAUUAGGAGAAAAAAUGAAAAACAUAACAAACAUAUGUACUGAUAAAAAUCAUAUAGAUUUAUGCGGAAAAUAUCAAAUAGUAAUAACCGACUUAUACGACGAAAUAACUAAUCAAAAAGAAAGAAUGUAUUUAUCAUUAGGAGGUCAACCUGCUGAUCAAGAUACUAAUAAUCAAAGACAAAAGAGGGGAUUGAUAAAUAUUAUAGGUAAUGUUAUGUAUACGUUAUUUGGAGUAUGUGAUGACAAAUGUGUUAAGAAAACCAGAGAAGCAAUUCAAAAAACAGAAGAAACAGGAAAUAAUAUUUUACAUAUAAUGAAAACACAAACAACGGUAGUAAAAACAGUUGUAAAGAAAAUAGCUAAUACAAUCAAUCGUACUGAAGAGUUAUAUAAGGACGUGUCAAACAAAGAACAAAAAUUGCAUAAAAGAUU